GCACCUCGCUGGGGGGACAGGGAGUGCACUGGAAGUGCUGACGCCGGAUGUAUGUGAUUCAACAGUGGUCCACACACGACCCACACCGACUGCCCUGAUCCUGCCUCUACUGGUCUCCAUGCUGCUUUUCCAUAGUCUGGGAGAAGAACAAAACAAAGCUACCUAGAUUUCAAGGAAGGAGAGAAAAGUGGAGACUUCUCCAAUCCCGGGACUCCCUGCCACAGUCGGGAAUACGGGUGUGGAUGCCCACUGGCCGACCGAGGGACCGGGCAGUCACCGGAGCUCCUCGGUCCCGGCAGCUGUCCUCCACCUGGCCCAGCCUGGCCCGCCCACCUCCACGGAGUCCACAACCAACUGGGAGGGAAGAAGGCACCUUCCCGCCCUCGGGGCCCCUCUGCACCCUCGCGCCUGUGGUCAGGGGUCCAGCUCGCUGGGGCCCCGACGCUGAGCCAGACCGCAAGAGGUCAAGAGCGGUCACUGAGGGCGAGCCUCCUGCUGGGAAUCCCCUCCCCCGCGGCCUGGCGGGCAUCCAGAUCCAGGGGCCCCGGUGAGGUCCUGCGAGGCCCCGCCCCCGGCCCCGCCAGUCCAGGAUACGACUCCGUCGAAGGCCUCCCCACACCACUCCAAGAUCUGGCGGAUGCGCGUGCGGUGCUGCCCGCCGGCCUGGCUCUCCCCGAUCAGGGCAGAGUAGGUGGCGAAGAGGACGCCCUCUG